AUGUUGACCGCAGUGUUUCUCGACCUAUUUGGCGGAUUCGGACUCUCCGUGCUAUUUACCAUUGCUUGCCUAGCAUUGAUGUACUUUGCUGGUCAACACCGUUCAAAGCAGUCCAUCAGUCAAGGGGAAACAUCCAAAUCCCAUGCCUCUAUUGAAAAGAACACAAAGACAGGACUAGCUGAGAAAAUUGUCAGCCCAAUAUGCUACAAGAUCCGAAGCCCUCGUCCCUACCCCCAGUGGUCGAUUCAUCAAACCAAGCCGCUGCCAUACAGAGCUUUCCGAUACGGACCAAAAUACAACAUCACCAUGGGCCUGCGUACCAUUGAACCAGAUGAAUGGAUCGAGCUUGACAACCACUUCCCAAAAUACCACGCCGAUAAGGCAGCCAGGAUCCAAGAACGUGGCGAGAAAUGCAUAAAGACAGAUCCCGCCGCCUUUCCCGCCGCCAUAGAGUUACUCGAAGAACUGGUCAGCUACCUGCCAGCCCGAUAUCCAACUCUCUUCAAACGAACGUCAGUCGGCAUCGACAAUCCCUGGUCCGGCGAAUCCUUUAAUAUUCUAGAGCGCCCGCUUCGAGAAAACCCAAUGGCGAUAUGCGCACGCCUAAUCCAAGAUGAUCUGGCACUAAUGUUAGAACAACCCGUCGGUUCCGGUACAUAUCGCCUUCUCGCAGGGUGUAUUCUCCUGCCGGGAUUCUGGAGACUAUCUGACAAAUUUGGCAUGUCGCUAUCUGACAUCCAUACCUCUGGGAACGUGCCUUCGUUUAAAGAGAAGCUCGAGAAGGGGAUGAUCAAGUUCUUUCAGCGGUUAAAGCCUGAUGUAUUGUAUAGUCGCAAUAACUACUUUAUCCAAGUCGAUGAUUCGCUUGCAUGGAGUCAUAGUAUUGGCGCAGAGGAUAAUCCUACGGUAAGCUGGAGCACUGCCGAAAAGGAUACCAUCAUUGAAAAUCACUGGUUUCGGUCUGAGAGGCAGACUCUGCGUCGCCUACCUAAGACGGGGGCUAUUUGCUUUACAAUUCGAACCUAUUUUCAUCCGGUCACUGAAAUCGUACAGGAGGAAUAUGUUCCGGGGAGAUUGGCAAGUGCAGUUCGCAGCUGGGAUGACAAUGUUUCCAUUUACAAAGGGAGAGAGAAGUAUGGGGAUAUUCUACUGGAGUAUUUGGACAAGAAGCAUCAAGAACAAAUAGAAAAUGGCUUAGAUAUAGAUUGCGAGGAUGAAGUGCGGCAGUAUCCUUGGUAA